AUGAGUGAGGCCUUUGAGCAAAUGAAGUUGAUUCAAGAUGUUCUGGCUCACAAGGAAAAGGUGAAGGAUCAAGGGAAAUUCACUCUCCCUUGCACACUUGGGCAUAUUGAGCUUGACAAUGCCUUGGUGGAUUCUGGUGCAAGCAUCAAUCAUCUCUCUCACAAUGGCAGAGAAGCUAGGCAUUGCUGGAGCUUGCAGCGCCCUACUACUUCAAUCAUGUUUGGAGAUGCAACUUCAAAGUCUCCUCUUGGUGUGUUCAAGAACUAUCACUUGAAAAUUGGAGAAUGCAUCAUCCAAACUGAUCUUACUGUGAUGGAGAUGGAAGAAGAGAAGGAUCUACCUCUGCUAUUGGGAACCCCAUUCCUUAGCACAGUUGGCGCUUCAAUAGACUUUCACAAGCAAGAAGUGAUUCUUCACAAGGUGAAUAGUUUGGUGUCAUAUCGCUUGCAGCCUAGAGGUUCAGACUUUUGUGCCACAAUUGAAAGCAACUCUCAGUUGAGAAGGACCAAGGAGUUGAAAGGACCAAGGAUUGAGAAGCCACGCUUGAGAGGGCUAGAGUUGAGAAACCACGUUCUGAUAGGCCACGAGCUGAUAGGACUUGUUCAAGCCCCUUGUGUGCUUGAUGAAGAAAGCCUUCAAGCUUUGUUUGAUGAGCCACUAGGAAGGGCUCUAAAAAGAAGGGGAGGAUGCAGCCUCUAA